AUGGGUCUAGCAAGUAAAUUAGCUGCUGCCGGAGUUGCUGCUGCUGUUUCUAACAUGUCUGGCGGAGCUCCGGGUGGACCAGGCGGUUACGGUCGUCCUCCUGCUCCUGGUGGCUAUGGUCAGCCUCAAGGCUAUAAUCAAGGUUAUAGUCAACAAUCUGGACCUGGCGGUUAUCCACCACCCGGUCAACAACAGCCCGGUCAUGGAUAUCCUCCUAGCCAACAACAGCCCGGUCAUGGAUAUCCUCCCAGUCAACAACAGCCCAGUCAUGGAUAUCCUCCUAGUCAACAACAUCCUGGAUAUCCUAGUCAACAACAACCUGGAUAUCCUAGUCAACAACAACCUGGUUAUGGUCAACCUGGACCCGGUGGAUAUGGAGCGGCUGCUGCUGGAGCUGCUCUUGGAGCCGCUGCUGGAUACGGGGCUGCCAGCUAUGGCGGCGGUCCGGCCGGACAGGCUGGUGGUUAUUACUCAAUUCUUGAAGCUGCUGUUCGAGAAAACCGUCUUGAAGCCUUCUACCCUCCUCAAAGGCUGCAACAAGUCGCUGCCAGUGUUUCAGGCCAAGUUCAACAAUUGGCUCAAACCUGGGACAUUCCCAUGGAGAUUGCCCGUGACCUUGUCCGAUUAGCUCUGUAUGAUAUCGUGCUAUAUGUUGAUGAUUCGGGUUCAAUGGCAUUCGAAGAGAAAGGUGAACGUAUUGACGAUCUGAAACUGAUCCUCCACAGAGUAUCUUUUGCGGCCUCGUUAUUUGAUACAAAUGGAAUUGAGGUGCGGUUCAUGAACAACAACUACCAAGGAAAUGGUAUUCGUUCUGAACAGCAGGUGGGUCAGAUGAUGCAAAAUGUCAAAUUCCAGGGCCUCACGCCUCUAGGAACCAAUCUGCGUAAGAAGGUCCUCGAUCCAUUAGUUGUCGGACCAGCUUCUGCAGGUCAACUGCAGAAGCCAGUUCUCAUUAUCACCAUCACUGAUGGUGAGCCUGCUGGCGAGUCUUCCAGCACCCUGAAACAUGCUAUCAAAAAUGCCAAGCACCAAUUGCAAUCCACCAGAUACGGACCCGGUGCACUUGCCCUGCAAUUCGGACAAGUUGGCAACGAUCUCAAAGCCCGUGCUUUCCUAGCAUCUCUCGACAACGACAGAGAAGUGGGUCCCAUGAUCGACUGUACGAGUAACUUCGAAGUCGAGCAAGACGAAAUGGCCAGAAUCGGCGUUGACCUCUCGCCCUCUCUCUGGCUGGUCAAGAUUCUAGUAGGCUCCAUCGACCGUUCCUAUGACAAGAAAGACGAGAGACAAUAG